CAUACUGUAACUCAUAGAAAUAUUUCUGCCAAUACUAUUUUGAUUAUAUUUUAUACAUGACAUUAAAAGGUUGUACAUUGCCUUAACAUUUUUUAGUUUUUGCUUCAUUAUUAGAAUUAAAUUAUUAUUUUUUGUUAAUUCAAUGCAAACUGAUGUGUGGGACAAGAGUCACAUGACAUAUAGCCAACCCACCUUUGAUCUUUCGGUAUUUAUUGAGUCGUUGCAUCGUACGGACAGAUAACGUAGCUUUCAUUGCGACAGGAAACGGUUAUAUGUGGUUACGCUGUCAUUACAUAUACUUAUUAUUAGUACACUGAACUUUUCUUCGAGGCCUACGUGGACAAAAAUUUUCGGUUUACCCACCAACAAUAAAAUGGAAAGGACCUGCACUUUUUCAGUUUUUGGAAAGGCACGGACAAUUUCAAAAUCCCUGCCAAAUAUAUUAGAGGUCAUUCACAAGUAUGCUGAACCCGGGACCAGUCUAAAGACCUACAGUAUUCACAAAGUGCAUGGCUUUUGGGAAAAUGUCUCAAGAGAUUUGGGAGUGCCUAAUACAUGUCUUAAUAGGAAAAAAAUUCUCAAAGCAGUCCUGCAGUAUGAAAAGACCACAUCAGGGGUAGAGGGUCCCUUGCUACAGACUGAUUUUCCUACUGCAGAGACAACACUUGGAGAUGAUGUUCCUUCCAUUAAUGAGGAAGACAUUGUUGUUGAGCCAAAGUCUCCACAAUCUGUAGGAAAUGUACCUUUACCUUCAAGAAAAGAGGAUGCACUUCAAAAACUGCAGAGAGCGGCAUCCAUACCCCAGACACACAAUCCCUCGAGAGUGACUCUAAAUCUUCAUCUUCAAAUGCAAAUGCUAAGAGGAAUGAAUCAGAUGAAUCAGCUAAGGUCAACACAGACAGUAGCAGUUCAGGAGAAAGAUUUUUCACAUCUGGUUUGCCACAGCAGAAAACUUUCUUUCAUAAAUGAGAAUGAAUGGAAGGAGUUACGAACAAGUCUAGAGGAUCUGCUGCAGAAGUACUAUGUCUUACUCACUGGCCAGCAUUCAGCACAGGAAUUCAACAUUCCCAUUCUUCAUCGAUGUUUGAGCCAUGUCAUGAAAAAUGCCAAGGACCUUUGGGAUCUUGGACGUCAUGGUACUGGUCCUGCUUACCAGCAGCUCAGUAAACUCUAUAGUGACAUUCAGCAAUCCAAGAACCAGUCUUUUCGCGUGGAAAUGGAGAAAUGGAAAGACAAACGCAUUAAACGGAAAGGUGUGUACGUGUCACCGUUAGUGACCGAACUGCCACUGAAGAAAAAGAAAACUGAGCGUCUGCUUUGA